GUUUGCAAGCACGACGAUCACACGUCGAUGAAUGCAGCAACUUGAUAUCUUGGAGUAGUGUACCAGAGGCUCGUUGACCCAACCGAGACGAAGCUCCGUCGCAGUUGGUAUCCUCAGGAACGCAAAGCACAUCCCCAACUUCAACCAGGCCGCGCCACGUCCAAGCGCCGGUACGGUACGAUCCUUGGCCGCAGCUCGACGCGCGGGCACCUUGCGCUUGCUCUUUGUCGCUUUGCUCUGCGCAAAGGCUGCGGAAGCUGCCUCUUGUCGGUCCGGCGUCGGGCGAGUUGAUAUCAAUUGAUACUGGCGAUUUCGAUUUUUUAAAAAUAUUUGGCACAGGAUCGGCCACAAUCCAGCGCAGUGGCCAAGCUGCCGCUGGUCAUUGGACGAUGCGAGAGUCGCGGGGCAUGAGCGUGCUGGGCGUCGACGCCAACGGCCGCACAGCGCUCCACCGCGCGUGCGAGGACGGCGACCUCCUCCUUCUCGAGAAGCUCCUGCUCGACCCGACGGCCGACAUUGCCCUCGAAGACUUUGGCGGCAUGUCGCCGCUCGAGCACGCGCUGCGCCGCGGCAACCACCCGUGCGCCGCACUCUUGCGCAGCGAGGCCCACUACCGCGCGACGACGCCCCACCAUCCGUAUCACGAGCACCUGCGCGCCGAGCUCAACGUGGCCGACGGCGCAGCGUUCAGCGAGCGGCUCUUCCGCCAGGCCCUCGGGAGCGACCCGGCCGCCGCGCUGCGGUACCUAAACCAGUUUGUCAACAGCGAUGGCCGGUACAACCUCACGUUCAAGGACCUCGACGCGAUCUACGGCAAGUACCACAUCAAGAGCUCGGCCUUGUACUCGGUGCUCAACGGCCACAUCCUCGCGUACGAGGACGACGAGAAGCUCAGCGUCUUGAGCCACGUCGUCUUGCAGCGUGUGCUGGACAUCAAGUGGGAGCUCUUUGGCGCGCGCAAGUACUACCAGCACGUCCUCCUCUUCGUCGCGAUGCUCAUGGCCAUGACCAUGGUCGUCAUGAGCGCCUUCGCGUUCAAGCGCAUCGACGCCCUCAAGACCCUCGACGUCAACGACCCCGCGUAUCGCGCCGCCGAGAAGCGCGCGCUGCGCAUCGAAGCGAGCUUUGUCAUCUGGGUCGUCUUCCUCGUCUUCAGCGCCGUCGCCAGCCUCCACUUGCACUACUUGGAGCCCAUGACGUUUGCGCGGCUCACGCGGCGCAUGUACGACGGCAUGGACAUCCUCGAGGCGUCGUUCGUGAUCCCCAACGUGGUUUUUUACAAGGCCAAGGCCAAGACGUGGCUGCUCCACCGGGUUCUCGUAUGGACGCUCCUCGUGGCGACACCGCUCGUGCUUGUCUUGACGCUGGCGAUCCCGAGCGCGGGCGAAGCCGUCGUCGAGGCCACCGUGCUCUUCAACUUGUACUUUACAUUGGCCGUGCUCUUUGGCUGCGCAGUGUACUUUCUCUUGCUCGAGUACCGUGAAGUGCUCGGCGAAGAUCCGUGGAUCUUUGAGCGCAUCGAGGCCAGCGGCGGACUUCGCAAGGCCGUUUGGAUCCUUCUUCUCAUCCUCGUGCUGCCGUUCAUGACGCCGUUCCUCCCGACGUACCGCCGCUACUACGCGUCGCACGUCAACAAGCUCCAGCUCCUCACCCACCUCUGCGUCAUCUUUGUGUUCACGCCACUGCACUUUUGGCGCCUCUGCGCCCCGCUCUCGGGCAGUCUCAAGGAGGUCUACCUCUGUCUCGGCGCCUUCCUCACGCUCAGUCUCUGGAUGCUCUCGCUGCAGUUCCUCGAGGUCAACCGCACGGCCGGGUACCUCCUCCCGAUCGUCAAGGACGUCAUGGGCGACGUGUGGGACUUUCUCAUCUUCUACGGCGUCUUCCAGUGCGGCCUCACGUGCGCGUAUUACUUUAUCUUUCAGCAAAAGUCCGACAGCUACAAGACGCUCUGGGCCAGCUUCCGCGCGACGUACUUUGUGCUCUAUGGAGACAACGGCGGCGACGACUUUACCCUCAAGGACGGCGACGGGAACCACGUUUUACCCGACGUGCUGCUGCAUUUUGGCCUGGUUUUGCGCAUGUUUCACUGCGCGGUCAUGGUCGUGCUGCUUCUCAACUUGCUGCUGGCGAUGAUGAACAAGACGGUGGACGGCAACUGGGACAAGCUGCAGGCGCGGGCCCUCGCGUCGUACGCGCGCUGCGUGCUCCGGCUCGAGAUCGCGUUGGGCCAAACGCAGGCCGAGCGCGAGCAGCUCCUGCACUUUGCCCUCCCGAGCGGCCGCGUGCGCAACCCGAUCUUUGACGAGUCCGUCUCCAAGCAGGAGCUCGCCAUGCAAGACUACACCCGCGGCAACGACGACGCCGAAGCGACGCCGGACGACAAAAUCGCGACGCUGCAAGCCACCGUCGACCACCUUGUCACUGUCGUCGAGUCGAUGCGCCAGCAAUUGGAGACGUCGAUUCACUAAUGCAAGCAUCGAUGAAUUUAGUUGGAUGCGUUCCUCAAUGCUCGUACCAACGACGAUAACAUACCUUGGCGUUCGAAAGUAUCAAGUCGAUAUUUAUGUCAUUG